AUGACCCUUUUCUGCUGCUACUCCACCGGUCACAAAGUUGAACCAGACGAUAUGAGGACAACCAGCUCUCCGACCAGCAUGACCAUCGGAAAGCCUGAAGUCUCGCAGGACAGCGAGGCCUUCAAGACCCGGCCGUUUGUGGAUGGCGCCAAGACCUUGAUCGGUGGCCAGGUGAAGCCCUGGACCGGCAUUUUUUCGGAGAUCUACUCCCCAGUCUAUUGCACCGAGACGGGCGAGAGGAUUUGCAUCGGCAAGCAGGCCACCAUGUCACCCAAAGAGGCCAUGGAAGCAGUACACGCUGCGGCGAAGGCCUGGGACCUGGGACGUGGGGAGUGGCCCCAAAAGAGCUUGCAAGAACGCAUUGCUGUGGUGGAAAGGCUUGUGGGAAAAUUGAAAGAGAAGAGGAUGGAAAUUGCCAAGGUGCUUCAGUGGGAGAUCUGUAAGAAUGACGCAGACUCGGUCAAGGAGUUUGAUCGUACCAUGGACUUUGUCUCUGCCUUGAUUGAGACUGCCCGCAAGAUGAAUUCUGGUCCAGCUGUUUGCCAGGAGGGCAUCCACGCCAUCUUGAAGCGGUCACCCAUGGGCGUGAUGAUGAAUCUGGGUCCAUCCAACUACCCCUUCAAUGAGACGUACGCCACGUUGAUCCCUGCGAUACUGAUGGGAAAUUCCAUCGUCAUGAAGGUCCCCAACACCGGUGGAUUGGCGCACUUCCUCACCAUGGAGGCCUAUGCUGAAUGCUUCCCUCCUGGUGUCGUGAACUUCAUCUCUGGCCGCGGCCGAGACACCAUGCCGCCUUGCAUGGAGAGUGGCUUGGUGGACAUCUUUGCCUUCAUCGGCUCCUCCAAAGCAGCGGACGCCUUGGUGAAGGCACAUCCUCAGCCGCACCGUUUGAAGAAUUUGCUGUCCCUGGAUGCCAAAAACUUGGCCAUCGUGCUUCCCGAUGCCGACCUAGACGUCGCUGUGAAGGAGAUUGUUGCGGGCAGCACCUCUUUCAAUGGGCAGCGGUGCACAGCCAUCAAGCUGGUGAUGGUCCACAGCAGCAUCGCUGAGACCUUCAACCAGAAGUUCUGCAGCGCUGUGGCAGCUCUGCCCUGUGGCCUGCCUUUCGGAAAGAAUCACAUUACCCCGCUGGCCUGCAACCCCACUAGCUUCAUGCAAUCCUUGACAGAGGACGUGAAGUCCAAAGGCGCCCGGGUACUGAACGAAGCCGUGGGUGGAGGCCACUGUGAUCGAACUCUCUUCGUGCCGGCGGUUGUCUACCCGGUGACCGCAGAGAUGCAGCUCUGGACUGCGGAGCAGUUCGGCCCGGUGAUCCCGAUCGCCCCUUUCGACCACCUUGAGACGCCCAUCGAGUGGCUUCGGAAGAUGCCAUUUGGCCAGCAGACAGCCCUGUUCACCUCCAAUCAGGCGGCAGCGGCUCCAAGCAAGGAGCUCUCCCAGCUGUUGGACAUGUGUGCGCUGUCCACCUGCAGAGUAAACCUCAACGCUCAAUGCCAGCGUGGGCCUGAUAUGUUCCCCUUCGCCGGGCGACGCUCAUCCGCUAUGGGCACCAUCUCAGUGGAAGAGGUCUUAAGGGCAGUGAGCGUGGAGACCAUGGUGGCAAGCAAGAAUCCAGAGGCCAAUGGGCGGAAGGCGUUUGACGUGCAUAUCGACGCAAGUCGACCCAUAGGCAAUGAUCUGCAUGUGGCGGCCAUGCAGGGCGACCGUUUGGAGGUGCAACGGCUUUUGGAGCUUCACCCCGAGUGGUGCCAGUCGCGCUUUACCUGCCAAGCAUUGCUGUCUCCGCGUUGCUUUGAAGGGCGACCGCACGUGGAGAUGUCCGGGGAGGCAAUUCAUUUGGCAGCCUCCAGAGGUCAUCUGGAGAUUUUGAAGGAUCUCUUGUCCCACAAAGCCUCCCUGCAAGCAGGUGCAUACAAAGAUGGUCGACCCUACUGUGAAGUGCUUCAUGCUGCACUUCUUUGUCUUUCAGAGGACUUUGCAAGCACCAAGGCGACGGUGAACUUUCUUCUUGAGGAGGCUGAGAUGACGUGCACUUCCACAGGAAGACAUCCGCUACAUCUUGCCGUGAACUCGGGCAAGCCCGAAUUGAUUUGCCUGGUAAGACAUUGGAUGAAGAAGAAAGGGAUCACUGAAGAAGAUCUUCCCACCUCGCAUGAGGUCAUCGAGGAUUCGGUCAGAAAAACCUGCUUCCACAUCGAGCGUCCGCUGACUGUAGCGAUUCAAAGUGCCAAGAUGAAGCUCAAGGACUUAGUUUUGUCGGCGGAACCAUCUGCUUUUUCCUUGAAAAUGUUUAUGGCGGAUUGCCCGGAGGCAGUGCCUUUGUUCCUGAAGCGAAUGACCAGCCUGGGCAAGUUGGAAGGAAUUUUGGUGGAUUCUGAACUAAGCAGCUUGGAUGUUGCCAAUUUGAUGAAGCAAUCAGAGCUGGCGGCUCUGAGCUUGUUGGAUGCAGCCACUGUCCGGCCCCGGUGCCAGGAUUGGGAGAUGUAUCCCUUGCCUUCGACGGUGAGUUUCGCCUCACGCGACUGGGAGCAGCUCGUGUGGAAUCUGUCGAAUCGUGGCACUUUGGCCGUCGAGGCUUUCACCUUCUUGGAGCCCGAGGAUCACUGGACCGCCGGUUCGAGGUGGCACGAGACGUUACUGGACACCCACUUCGGGCGGCCCAUCCGGGAUGCAGACAUCCAAGUCUGUCAGAUCCCUGAUCUAAUCUCAACACAGCUCUUUCUCGUUCUCGCAUCAGAUGAUAUUGACCUUCAGACCUUCGACAACCGCCUCAUCACCUUCAUCGUGUUGCACGUGUUUGAACAUCAUGCUGGUAAAGUGGAGGCGGUCCGAUGUGUAGUGAAUGUGUGGAUCUUGGCCUUGCUGAAUCUACAUACCUGGUCAAUGCAUCACAAUGAGCUUCUACCUGGAAUCAUUUGGGUGGCUGUGAGAUUUCUGGCCGCCCAGUCUGCAGUGGAUAUUCUUUGGGAGGCGAUUCAAAUUUAUGGAUACGCUGCCAUCGGCCAACCUUGGGAGUACUGGAGCGUGGGAAAUCUGCUGGACUUCUGUGCCGCCGUGGUGCCGACCUAUUUGUGGCUGGAUCCAUCGAACCAUCCCGUGCUGGUGGUCACGAUCUUCAUCUACUGGGGACGGGUGUUGCACUUCGCCAGUUUCUGUGAGCCCAUUGGCCGGGAGUUGCAACCCUUCACCAAGAUCUUCCGUGGAUUGGGACCAGUGCUCUUCGUCACAAUGGUGGCCUUUGCUGCUUUCAGCCACGCCUUCUUCAUCCUGCAGCCUGAAUCGUUUAGCAUUUCCAUCUACGGAACCUUCGUCACAUUGAUGACAGCAGGCUUGCCAGAGGAGCCCAGUCCAAACUUGCUGGAAUCAGGCCUUCUCUACAUUGCUGUGACAUUCUUCACUGUCUUCAUCUUGAACAUCUUUAUUGGAGUGAUUGGAGACGAGUACAGCCGCCUGAAAAGCCAGUCUUUCCUGGGUUUCCGACAGAUCAGAGCCAAGAUGUGUUUGGAUUAUAUGCUCCGCAAGCAGUUCUUUCGCAUUGACUGGUGCUCAAAGAGGAUGAGCAAGAUCGUUUUGUUGACUUUGAUUCAAUUUGGCUUGGUGAUUCAACUAUUCUCAACCUUCAACAAUGGGCAUCCCUACGAAAGCUUGGAAGGUGUGGCUUAUGUGAUCAUCCUGGGGGUGAUGCAUGCGGUCUUUUACAACUCACCAGGCUCGAACAAGUUCAUUGCCAAGAUGUCUGCAUCAUUGACCUUGGCGCGCCUCUUGCGCAGAGGCAAUAUGCUGGUGGCCUCCUGGGAGGCAGGGCAUCCAAGGCCCUUCCGUGCUUUGUCUGCGGCCCUGGUACAAUCCUUGCUGAGCAAUUCGCUUCGAGAGGUUGAUGCACCCUCGGCAUUGCUGGAAGCGCUGGUGGGCAAGGACCAAGCUUCAGAGCUACUUAGAGACAUGGCCUCAGACCUGUCGGGCGGCCGCGCCUGCGCGCGCUGGUCCGCGGACACCGCACGGCAGGGCCCCUGCGAGGCAGUGGAGGUGCGAUCCGUCAAGCAAGGCGCAGAUGGCCAGAUGCUCCUGCUGUGUGCUGUGCUGCGGGAACCAGAGGCGCACACGGGCCCUGUUCUUUUGCGGCAAGCCCUUGACUUGCGGCAACAUAUGGACCAGGCCUUGGAAGCUUUCACUAUCUUGGAGACAGAGAUGAUCGGGCCAUCCAGGUGUGAACUACCAUGUGGCCAGGAGCUGUUGCGAUGGCACGCGGAGCUCUUUGACUCGGAUGUGUUGUGUACUCGGCCUAUGUCCAAGACAAGAAUACCAUCCGCUUUGGUCACGCUGACCUUGCCUCAAGGUUGCGAAACCUUGGAUGCUGGGAUCUACUGUGCAUCCAUGUCCGAUCAUGAGGAGUUCGGCGCCGUCAUGGCGGUCGGACGGCAUGGCCAGCAGCCGAUUGUCGCAGCUGAGCUCGCGAGCUUCCAGCGCCCCAGCGAGGUCGAGUCUGACCCACAGAUCGUGCCCGUGGAGUACAUUUGCACUUCUGGAAGCCUUUUUGGUCUCCGGUGGGUGAGACCUUUCUAUCACAAGCUUGCCCGGCAAGGAGCUCCAGAGAGCUGCUUGCAGCGACAGGUGCAAGUUGAUAUCAUCGCUGCAUCGGAGCUGCUUUGGCCUUCAAAUGCGCGGAAGGUGGCACGGCGGAGGUCUGAUGUGUCAGCAUCUGUGGCGAUGACGUCAUCAACCUUGUCCCGCGUAACCGCCCACGCUGGAGCUGCCGAGCUGGAUCUUGAACAAAGGUUUCUAUGA